AUGGCCGCAGCAGCCGUGGGACAGCAGCCGGGCCCGGCACAUGCGGCUGGGCCGUCCAUCCCCAGCCUCUUCACGCAGCCGCCCGUGAUCCGCGACGAGCUGGAGACGGACUCAUCGCACCUCCAGGACGAGACUGUCGACGAGUGUCUGCCCUUCCUGAGCGGCCUGGAGCACGACAAGGUCAACGCCCACGGCGUCCCGCGCCUGGACAGGGAACGGCACGCAAGAUUCUUGCGGAAGCAGCUGGGCGCGCUGCCGGGCGCGUACGUGGGGGCGGAUCCAAGCCGCCCCUGGAUAUUCUACUGGUGCCUCAACGCCUUGUCUCUCCUUGGUGAGGACGUCGAGCCUUAUCGCGCCAGGCUCGUCGAGACGGUGCGCUCCAUACAGAACCCGACCGGAGGGUUUGGAGGCGGUUUCGGCCAGGCAUCGCACCUCGCCACCACAUACGCGGUUGUUCUUUCGCUAGCGUUGGUCGGCGGGGAGGAGGCCUACGACGUGGUCGACAGGAGGAGCAUGUGGAAGUGGUUGUGCCAGCUCAAGCAGCCAGACGGCGGGUUUCAAAUGGCCGUUGGGGGUGAGGAAGAUGUUAGGGGUGCUUACUGUGCGUCUGUUGUGAUUUCACUACUCAACCUGCCCUUGAAUCUGUCACCUGAGUCUCCCGCUCGUGCCGGCGGCCAUACCGAUCUUCUGAGCGGACUAGGCGAAUGGGUGCGACUGUGCCAGACGUAUGAGGGAGGUGUGUCGGCAAAGCACGGUGUUGAAGCACACGGCGCAUAUGCAUUCUGCGCUCUGGGAUGCCUGUCCAUCAUUGAUUCACCGCACCGAAGCGUUCGAAAGUAUAUGGAUAUGCCACGCCUCAUCUCCUGGCUCUCAUCUCGCCAGUAUGCCCCAGAGGGUGGCUUUUCAGGCCGCACAAACAAGCUUGUCGACGGCUGUUAUAGCCACUGGGUCGGCGGAUGUUGGCCCCUGAUCGAGGCCAGUCUGAGCGGUCCGACUGCUAGCCCUUCAAGCCAGCCGCUUGAAGCCACGGAGGAAGACGACAGCCUGUUUAGCAGGAAUGGACUCAUCCGGUACAUCCUCUGCUGCUGUCAAGACAUGUCCAAGAGAGGUGGCUUGAGGGACAAACCCAGCAAAUACUCUGACGCGUACCACUCCUGCUACGUUCUGUCCGGCCUCAGUUCCGCGCAGACCAAGUGGCGUUUUGUUGCCUCUCGUGCCGAUGAGACCCUCCUGGGGGACGAUCGCUGGGAGGCGUCACCUCACACGGGCGGUGUCCAGAUUUUCGAUGAAGAGGACCGCAUUGCGACCACCCAUCCCGUCUACGCAAUCCCUCCGCAUAGAGUCAAGGCCAUUCGAAGCCACUUCCUGUCAAAGGAGGGCUUCUAG